AUGUUGGAGUUGGAUAGUGGAGAGUUAGCGAUGAUCAAGCUGGUGACAUCUACGGAAGUUUCAAAGCCAAUUAAACCAUUCCUGGAAACGAGUGUGUCAGAUCCUCAAUUGGCAAGCAUCCAGAUCCACGAGCAAACUUCCGAAUGCCAUCUCAGUAGCGACUCCCUCUAUAUUCGUUUGAGGGUUGCUACGCUACUAGAUGAAGUGGUAGCUUUGCUUGAAGAGUCGGCAGAGAUUCUGAAGUCUUUAAGAGGAGGGCAUGUAGAUGACACGACUUUGACAGAAUUCAAUGCGAAGCUGUUGGCUGUUUGCGAAGAGAGUCUGCAAUAUUAUCGAGGAUCUUGGUGGUACAAAAGAGCAAAGAAGAGAUCGCUGAACUUGUUGAGAGGAUUUGGUCUUUUGGUCCAGGCAGAGCCAAAGCUAACAUUCUCAUCAAUGGAAUAUCUAACUUAUAGACCUAUAUGGGACAGCAGUGAGUGA